AUGCAUGAUCUGCUCCAUGAGGUCCCGCUCCGCAUCCAGGUCGCGCAGCACUUGUUCCUGCCGCGCCCUUUUUCUUUCGACCAAUCGUCGAUGGGGAAGCUCCGGGUCAAAACUCAAAACCUCGUCACCGUGACGUCAGCCCUUCCAACAGCACCCCCGACCCCGAUCCCAAAAGUACUGAAUCUUCUUGACCCCGCUCUGACGGUAGGCGGUGUCACGAACGCGGGCCCGGCACUUCUCCGCUUCCGCUUCCGCUGCGAGGUGGCGCUGCUGUUCAACCAGCGCGGCGCGCUCGGCUUCCAGCAGCCGCUUGUUCCGCUCCUAUCCUUCGUGUGCCCGCUGUUGAGCUCAAAGGGCCUCGAUUCUGGAAGCAGAAAAUCAGCGUGA